GCAUCACGAGUACAUUCCCUCACCUACUGACAAUUAGAAGGAAAAAAAAAACAUGCCGAAAACUUCUGGUAAGCCGACAGCGCUGUCACCUUUGAGCAGUCCCAGCAUAUGCUCCCUCAUAUUUUUCACAAGACUCUGAUGCAAAAAUUGGACCCGCUUAAACAAAUUAAUCUGCUGAGUAACAACAAAGAACCUAAAGCAUGUUUCACCUAAUCAAGAAAGACAAGGAGAAGGAAAAGGAGCUGGGCAAAAAGGAAAAGAAGGACAAGAAAGAGAAAAAAGAACGGAUGUCCCAGUCAGAGUUGAAAAGCCUGGAAGAGAUAAGCAUACGUAGGGGGUUCUUCCAUGUGAACAGAGCAAGCACCAAGAGGCAAUCUAGGGCCAAGCUGGAGAUCUCGAACCCUAUUCCAAUUAAAGUGGCUAGUAACACAGAGCUUUCUCUGACAAAUGUAGAGAAAGAUCAUCUUCCCAAUACCCAGGAGCCUGAUGCAAGACAAACGUCUGGAAGUACCUCUGAAGAUCAGAUUUGUAAUCAAGUGGAACCUCAGCGCUGCUCUGUAAAGGAGAGGGCAGCUAAAUUUGGGGAACUGGCUAAGACCAAUUCAUCAGUGAGUCAAAGGCAGGCAACUAUGAGUCAAAAGAGUAUAGAUGGUAGCAACCCAAGUCUCUCAGAUUGGAGCAGGUCUACCUUCAAUUCAGUGUCCUUUCCCAACCCAAAAGGCAUGGCUAAGGUUUACAUUCCUGAGAUUGUAGAGAAGACCUUCCCUGGCAUAGACCUUCAGUUGCCUGUGCUCAUCACUCCACCAGUACCAGAUCCAAGAGAGCUUGAGAUUCAGAGGCGAAACACUGGGGACUUCGGCUUUUCUUUGAGGAGGACCACCAUGAUUGAGAGACAACAGGACGGAAGCGUGUGCCGGCGAGUUGUACAUUUUGCAGAACCAGGCGCAGGUACCAAGGACUGGGCUUUGGGCCUGGUGCCAGGAGACAGGCUUGUGGAAAUCAAUGGAAUCAACGUGGAGAGCAAAAACAGGGAUGAAAUUGUGGAGAUGAUCCGUCAGUCAGGAGAGGCAGUCCGGCUAAAGGUGCAGCCGAUUUUGGAGCUUAGCGAGUUGAACCGCAGCUGGCUGAGGACCAUUCAAGCUCUGCCCAAAGAUAUCUUCGAUGUGAAGACAGAGGAACAGUUGAAGGCAGAAAAGGCCUGGUACGACACGGAAAAAGUAUGGCUUGUCCACAAGGAUGGAUUUUCUCUGGCCACUCUCUUGAAGACGGAGGCAGGCAGCCUGCCAGAGGGGAAGGUAAAAAUCCGCCUGGAGAGUGAUGGAUCUUUAUUGGAGGUGGAUGAAGAUGAUGUAGAGAAGGCAAACCCGCCGCUGUUUGACCGAGUGGAGGACUUGGCCUCUCUGCAAUAUUUGAACGAGUCGAGCGUGAUGCACUCACUGCGGCAGCGUUACGGCAGCAACCUCCUGCACUCCCACGCUGGGCCCAACAUGGUGGUCAUUAACCCAAUUAGUGCCCCCUCUAUGUAUUCUGAGAAGGUCAUGCAGAUGUUCAAAGGCUGCAGAAAAGAAGACACGGCCCCCCACAUUUACAGYAUGGCRCAGGCUGCCUAUAGGAGCCUCCUUACAACUCGUCAGGAUCAAUCCAUUGUCUUGCUUGGCAAGAGUGGAAGUGGCAAGACCACCAACUGUCAGCACAUCAUCCAGUACCUGGUUACCAUCGCUGGAAGCACCAACAAAUCAUUCUCCACAGAAAAAUGGCAGGCAGUCUAUUCAGUUUUGGAGGCUUUUGGGAACGCUUCAACUUCCCUUAAUGGGAAUGCAAGUCGCUUCUCCCACAUCGUUUCCCUGGAUUUCGACCAGGCAGGCCUGGUGACAUCAGCCUCUGUCCAGACGAUGCUUUUAGAGAAAAUGAGGGUGACGAGGAGACCAGAAGGGGAGUCCACUUUCAACGUGUUUUACUACYUGAUGGCUGGAGUAGAUAGCGCUCUUAGAACGGAGCUGCACCUCAACCACUUUGCUGACAACAAUGCAUUCGGAAUCACGUCGCAGAAUAAGGCAGAGGAUAAGCAGCGGGCCUCUCAGCAGUUUUCCAAACUGCAAGUAGCCCUGAAGGUCCUUGGGAUCAGCGCGGAUGAGCAGCGGGCCCUCUGGCUGGUUCUUGGGGCCAUCUAUCAUCUCGGAGCAGCUGGAGCUACCAAGACUGGCAGGAAACAAUUUGCACGUCACGAGUGGGCCCAGAAGGCAGCCUACCUGCUGGGCUGCACCCUGGAGGAGCUUUCCUCCUCCAUCUUCAAGCAUCAGACCAAGGGCACCCUGCCCAGAACCGGCGCCAUCCGCCAGGCUUCCGAGGAAAAUGGCACAGCAGAUGCAGGAUCCAAAUCCACAGCAAUGGAGUGUUUGGAGGCAAUGGCAUCAGGGCUUUACUCUGAAGUCUUUGCUGUCGUCGUAUCUUUGAUAAAUCGGGCCUUGAAAUCCAGCCAGCACUCCAUGUGCUCUCUGCUCAUUGUGGACACACCGGGCUUUCAGAACCCCAGGCUUGCUAAGCGUGAGAGCGGCACAACCUUUGAAGACUUGUGCCACAACUACACUCAGGAACGCUUGCAGAGCCUCUUCUACCAGCGCACCUUUGUUCAGGAGCUGGAAAGAUACAAAGAGGAAAACAUUGAACUUGCCAUAGAAGACACUGAGCCCACCGCUUCUCUCUCAGUGGCAGUGAUAGACCAAACCUCAAGCCAUGCACUUGUGCGAACGGUUCGAACAGACGAGGCACGGGGGCUUCUGUGGCUGAUGGAGGAAGAGGCUCUGCAGCCAGGAGGAUCAGCGGAAACACUUUUGGGACGUCUCUUCAGCUACUACGGACCGGCUGAGGGCGAGAGUAAAGGUCACACUUUCCUUUUGAGGAGUGAGAAGGARAAUCAUUUCCUGCUGGGCCACAGUCAUGGGACCGACUGGGUGGAGUAUGACGCUCGUGGGUGGUUGACCUACGCCAAACAGAACCCUGCAUCUACAAAUGCAAUGAACCUGCUGCAGGAGUCCCAAAAGAAGAUAAUCAGCUCCCUGUUCACAAGCCGGGCGGGUGGCGCMGUGGURCUGUCMGGUUCCGUUGCCGGUCUCGAGGGCGUUUCCAACAUGUCCCUGCGCAGGGCUACCAGCAUGAGGAAGACCUUCAGUACAGGAGUCGCUGCAAUCAGGAAGAAGUCCUUGUGCAUCCAAAUAAAACUCCAAGUGGAUGCCCUUCUUGACACGUUGCGGAGGUCUAGGAUUCACUUUGUUCAUUGCAUAUUGCCCAAGGCAGACGCUCUAAAGGCUCUUAGUGGAUCCCUGUUCAAAGGCGGGGAAUCCGAGGCUCAGGGGGAGAGUGGAGAUCCUGGCUUAAUGCAGCUGGAUGUAGCAUUGCUUCGUGCUCAAAUACGUGGAUCCAAGCUGCUUGAUGCCCUACGGAUCUACAGGCAAGGUUACCCCGAUCACAUGGUGUUUUCCGAGUUCCGACGGCGCUUUGAUGUGCUGGCCCCRCACCUCACCAAGAAACAUGGGAGGAAUUACAUCGUGAAGGAUGAGAAGAGAGCUGUGGAGGAGCUGUUGGAGUCUCUGGAUUUGGAGAAGAGCAGCUACCACAUGGGUCUGAGUAGGUUGUUUUUCAGAGCYGGGAUUUUGGCUAAGCUGGAGGAACAGCGGGAUGAGCAGACCAAGCGUAAUCUAACUCUGUUGCAAGCUUCCUGUAGAGGCUACAUUGCACGGCAGGCCUUCAAGAAGAGAAAGAUCCAGGACCUUGCAAUCAGGUGCAUUCAGAAAAACAUCAAGAAGAACCGUGGUGUGAAGGACUGGCCUUGGUGGAAGCUCUUCAGUACAGUUCAGCCACUCAUUAAAGUUCAGCUCACCGAGGAGCAGAUGCGAAGCAAAGACGAGGAGAUACAGCAGCAGAAAGUGAAGCUGGAGAGAGUGGAGAAAGAGCGGAGUGAAUUGAGACUGAACACGGAUCGAUUGGAGAGCAGGAUCUCAGAGUUGCUGGCUGAGCUCGCCGACGAGAGGAACACCAGCGAGUCGGCUUCCCAGUUGCUGGAAACUGAAACGUCAGAGAGACUCCGCCUGGAGAAGGACAUGAAGGACCUGCAGGUUAAGUUUGAUGCCAUGAAAAAACAAAUGGAGUCACAGGAGAUGGAGCUCAUGGAAGCACGUCUCACAAAGGCGUCCGAGCUCAACGGAGAGCUGGACGAUGAYGACGAUUCUGGAGGCGAGUGGYGGAUAAAAUACAAUCGAGCCAUUCGGGAAACGGACUUCACCAAAAAGAAACUCCAGCAGGAGUUUGAUGACAAGCUGGAGACAGAACAGCAGAGCAAAAGACAAGUUGAGAGAAAGCUGGCUGAUUUGCAGACAGAUAAUGAGGAUCUGCAGCGCUCUGUGCAGCAGCUGAAGAAGAAGUGCCAAAAGCUGACUGGCGAGCUGCAGGACACCAAGCUUCAUCUGGAAGGCCUGCAGAGCCGCAACCACGAUUUGGAGAAAAAACAGAGGAAAUUUGACCUGGAGCAGAACCAGGCUCAGGACGAGGUACAAAGAGAAAAGAGUCAGCGGGAGAAACUGGCUCGCGAGAAAGACAUCAUGACCGGUGAGAUAUUUAACCUCCGCCAGCAGCUGCAGGACAAGGACACAGAACUGUACGCCGCCAAUGUGAAAGUGCAGCAACUGGAGGCAGAGCUGCAGGAUCUGUCCUCCCARGAGUCCAAGGACGAGGCCUCGCUGGCUAAGUUAAAGAAGCAGCUUCAUGACCUUGAGGCGAAGGUGAAAGAUCAGGAAGAGGAGUUGGAUGAGCAGGCGGGAUCAAUCCAAAUGCUGGAGCAGGCUAAGCUGAGACUUGAGAUGGAGAUGGAGAGGCAGCGGCAGACCCACUCCAAAGAGAUUGAGAGCAAGGAUGAAGAGGUGGAGGAAAUCAGGCGGUCGUGCAGUAAGAAGCUCAAACAGAUGGAGGUGCAGCUGGAGGAGGAGUACGACGACAAGCAGAAAGUCUUGCGUGAAAAACGGGAGCUGGAGUCCAAGCUUCUGAUUGCCCAGGACCAGGUUAGCCAGAGGGAUGUGGAGACGGAGAAGAGGCUAAAGAAAGACUUGAAGAGAACAAAAGUCCUUCUGGCUGAUGCACAGAUCAUGCUGGACCACCUGAAGAGCAACGCCCCGAGCAAAAGGGAGAUUGUCCAGCUCAAAAAUCAACUGGAGGAGUCAGAGUUUACUUGUGCAGCAGCAGUGAAAGCUCGAAAGGGCAUUGAGAUUGAAAUUGAAGAUUUGCAUAUUCAAAUGGAAGACGUGGUCAAAACCAAGAUGGCGCUGGAGGAGCAGGUCAGCCGACUGCAGAGAGAGAAGAACGACUUGCAGUCUCGCAUGGAGGAGGAUCAGGAAGACAUGAAUGAAUUGAUGAAGAAGCACAAAGCAGCAGUUGCACAGUCGGCGAGGGACUUGAGCCAGAUCAGUGACCUGCAGGCCCAGCUGGAAGAAGCCACAAAGGAGAAGCAGGAAAUCCAAGAAAAGCUCCAUUCACUCCAGAGCCAGUUAGAGUUCCAAGAACAGUCCAUGGUGGAGAAGUCGCUCGUGAGCCGCCAGGAGGCAAAGAUCCGCGAGCUGGAGACUAAGCUGGAGUAUGAGAAGACUCAGAUUAAGCGCUUGGAGAGCCUAGUGGGCCGUCUGAAGGAGAACCUAGAGAAGAUGACUGAGGAGAAAAACCAACGCAUCACAGCAGAAAACAGGGAAAAGGAGCAGAAUAAGCGCAUGCAGAGACAGAUAAGAGACAUAAAAGAAGAAAUGGCUGAGCUGUCCAAGAAGGAGGGGGAAGCAAGCCGGAAGAAGCACGAACUGGAAAUGGAUAUUGAGAGUUUAGAGGCAGCAAAUCAGAGCUUACAAGUGGACCUUAAGCUGGCCUUUAAAAGGAUUGGUGACCUGCAGGCGGCCAUCGAGGAUGAGAUGGAUAGCGAUGACAAUGAGGACUUGAUCAACAGUUUGGAAGACAUGGUGACAAAAUAUCAAAAAAGAAAGAACAAAAUUGGAGAGGGAACAGAAACUGAUUCAGAAGUGGAGGACCGGGUGGAUGGAGUUAAGUCGUGGCUCUCAAAGAACAAAGGCUCCAGCAAGACUUUGUCUGAUGAAGGGAGUCUGAAGAGCACCAGAUAUGCAGCAAAUGCAGAUGCCACAGAGAUGAAAGAAGGUAAGGAGAAGAUGAGUGACGGCAGCAAAGAUAAGAAGGAAGUAGAGCAGAGCAGAUCAGUGUCUGUCAUGAGUUCCCUUAGCUACAGAAAACGCUCCAACUUGAAGGACUCCAUUGGGGGCACUGGAGACGAGAAUUCGCUGUUCAGUACUCUCAAAGAACAGCCAAACAUACCGGAUCACACUGCAAUGCGCAAAGCAAAGUCAAAAUCCGGUGAACUCCAGGAAGACAGGAGAAAAACUCAGGCCGAAGAAGAUAUGGAUGACAACGGCUCUGUCAUCUCUAUGGCCUAUUCUGAAGCCACAAGCCGAGCCAGGAAGGGCUUAGAGUCCCGCUGGACCUCCCGCAGCACCCCGGAGUUCGAUACGGAGUCCAUGGUGUCCUCAGUAGCUCCAAGCAGGGUAUCCACUAGGAGAGGGAUGCUGGACAUGGAUGAUGACAAUAAGUCAACCAUUAGCAGCGUGAGUCACGCAAGCCCCCGUUCUCUACGUCGCAGCAGCUCUUGGAAAGAUGACAAACGAAGCAGCUCUCGCUUAUCCGUCGCCCGCAGCUGUGGCCUCAGCGAAUUUGGUCUGCACGUAAAUGACGACGACGAUGCCCACAGUGUGGCUUAUGGAGAAGGGAAACGUUCACCCUAUAGUCCCCGGUCUGCUAGUCGCAGCUACUCUACUCCACCUCAACCACGCUCCUCAGACAGCAAUGCUCUCGAAGCUUCUGACAUUAAACCAGUCACACACCGAAACUACUUGGACCCUGACCUGGAGGCUGCAAUUAAUGAGGUUCUAAGCUUCAAACCCAUCAAGUUCAAGCGUAGUAAACUGGACGAGUCGAGUGGCGACGAGGAUGAGAAGAAGGGCCAAGGAGGUGAAGACAGGCGAAAGAAGGGGGAGGAUGAGGGCACGUCAAGCUGGUCCAGCACCCCCCGCAGUCGUAAGGAUAAAAAAAGCAAAGUCUCAUCUUCCGAAUCCUCUUCCUCUUCCUCCUCAUCCUCCUCGUCCUCAGACGGCCGUCACAGCAGAAAGAGCACAAAGGGGAAAAAGGACAAGAAGUCCAAAAAGAAAUCCAAGAAAAAGCAAAGUGAAUCGGAGGAUUCCUCUUCUUCUUCUGAGUCGUCCGAGUCAUCCUCUUCGGAUUCAACCGUCUCUUAUCGAAGUUCCAACAGUGUUAAGAAGGGCCCAAAACAACAGCACGAUGAUGAAAAGGAGCGCUCCACUAAUGGACAAACUAGCAAAAAAGAAACCAAGAAGAAGCAGAAGAAGGUGGAUAGCUUGGUGAUGAAGUACCUCUACAGGCCUGACAGUGACUGAUACCAACAGAAUAAGUCCCCCUGUGUACCGGAGACACAUGAGUCUUGGCAGAUCUGAUGAAGAGGAUGAGGCUGACAGAGACUCCGGCAGGCAGUCCCUGCGG